AAAAGGUAUAGAAAAGAUCCGGGAUUUGCCCCAAUUCGUUGAGACAUUAGGUUUUGUUUCUUCACCAAUUUCAUUAUCUUUUAUAAACCAUUCUGUUCGAUUCAACCUUUUCUUCCUCCUCGAAUCACCCUCCGCCAUGGAUUCUCGUGUUCCGUUUCUUCUCCUCAUCAUAGCUGUCUCAUCAUGCUUCCCUUCUGGGUUCGCUUCAUCAUCGCCGUCGGUUUGCAAUCACGAAUUCGAGCUGUUCCGGUUUGAUUUAGACUCCAAGUGCCCUCCUUCUAUGUAUCCAACUCCUCCUAUCGAGGUAGAUGGAGACUCACUGGACAGGUUAAUGGCUUUGAAUCAUGAUGGAAAUGCUUAUGUGUCUGUGCUCUUCUAUGCUUCCUGGUGCCCCUUCUCACGUGCUCUGCGCCCUAAGUUUGAUAUGUUGAGUUCCAUGUUCCCUCAGAUACAACACCUAGCUGUGGAGCAUUCUCAAGCACUACCAUCUGUCUUUUCAAGGUAUGGUAUCCAUAGCCUACCUUCAAUCCUGAUGGUUAAUCAAUCUUCAAAAGCGCGGUACCAUGGUAGAAAGGAUCUUACAUCCCUGAUUGAGUUUUAUGAGGAAUCAACAGGUCUCAAACCUGUCCAGUAUGUGGCUGAAGCGGAAGCAACAACCAGCUUAGACGCUAGAGAUGGUAACCUGAUCACAUGGUUACGCAAAGGGACUUCUAUUAGUGAAGUAUACAAACAAGAUCCAUUCUUGGUGCUAAGUCUGCUGUUUAUCUGUGUACAAAUUGCAAUCCAUGUCUUUCCCAUGGCAGAACCUCGUUUGAAAGCGUUGUGGGCUUCUUAUGUUCCCAAUCUGAACCUGGAAAGAUUUGGAGAGGUAAGCCAAGUGUUCAGCCGUGCUAUUCACAUGGUAGAUGUGAGGAGGCUGUGGUUGAAACUAACGCUCGUCAAAACAAGGAGCUUCCAUGAAAGGGCAAAGAACGCUCGAGCUUGGGCUUCAUCGCUAGCAUCUGUCUCUCUAGGCCAAACUUCAUCAAACCAGUCCUCUUGAUCCCUAAGGGUGAAAAGACAAAUCCCCUUGAGUGUGUGUUCUGGAGUUCUUAGAGUUCCCUCUAAUGAAAGGUUUGUGGGACUUUUGAGUUUAGUUUGUAUGCAUCAAAAGCAUGUAAAUCCAGGAACAGCUUGGCUUACGUUUGUGAAUAUCUUUCUCUCUUUUUGGUUUUAUAAAAGUGUUGAGAUGUCUGUUUUUGACCUCAUUUCUUUUACUGAAUAAUUUGGCUAAAAUUCGUCUUAAUCCUCAGGGUUACUUUGAGUUGUAAUGUUUUUGUAUUGCCUUUGAGAGUGUGAUCCAGCUCAAUUGCUGCCUUUUUUCUUACCUUUCUACAUUGAUCUCUUAUUA